UUCAUUCCAACUCCGGCUGACCGCGUUCCGCUGUGUCCGGAGUGUGAUAGACACUGCUGUGCCAGACAGACAUGGCUGGCUUUGGUAACAAGUUGAGCUCUUACUCCUUAACCCAGUUAAACGAACUGCUCGAAGAUGAAGAGAAGCUCAACACAAUUAUCAACGAAACGGAGGAGAUUAAAGGACUACAACAGAAUAAGAUGACAACACUGGCUAGUAACCGGCUUCUGGCUGAGCAGAACCUUCAACUCCAGCCCAGACUAGACCACCAAAAAAAUGAGCUAACCAAACACUACCGGUGCCUACAGGAGCACUUUGAAGCCUGUCAGCUGCGCAAGUCCAAUCUAGACCACAAGUCUGGAAACACUCCCUUGGACACAUUGCUUGCACUCCUACAAGCGGAAGGGGCCAAAAUCGAGGAAGAAACUGAGAACAUGGCCGACUCUUUUCUUGAUGGCGCAGCCUCUCUGGACACAUUCAUCGACGAGUACCAGAGCAAAAGGAAGCUGGCACACCUGCGAAGAGUGAAGAUCGAGAAGCUCCAGGAAAUGGUGCUGAAGGGACACCAGAUUCCCUCAGCUGCCCCUCUGCCCUCUCGAUCUCAGGACCUUCCGUCCAGGUCAGCUGCUCUCCAGAGAGAGGUCAAUGGUUCCCCCAUGCCAAUGCCCCGCCGAGCUCCUCCUCUCCCACCUGUUAAAGUUCCCCCAAGUCCUACAAUCCAGCCUGCUGCAGCUGUCUUCUUCUCCCCUACCUCUCCAUACCCUCCUAUCCCUCCCAGAGUAGGAAAUCCACUAUCUAGUCUUAACCAGGGAUACCCCAGCAUGUAUAUGCAGCAAUACCCCCCACCUGUGCCCCAAAGACCCCAUCCACGCAUGGCACCUCAGCCAGGCUUCAUCAUGCAGUGAAUGGGGUGUUACAGUCUGUGGAGAAGGAACAAUAGGAACAAUUUUUGUAGGUCCUUCAGGCUGCAUAUUAUAACAUAUUGUGCAGGAAGAUGCCAGGAUGGAGUCUUGUCAUGAUAAAUUAACUAGACAUUUCUGCAAAGACACAUCUAAAACAGAACCUUCAAUUUGCACUUUAGACUUUUUGUUGUAUUAAAUCAGUCAUGUCUGGUUACAGAGUCUUGCUAUUCUUGUUCUGAGUUCAUUUAAGUUUUACACAAGCCACAGGGGCUUACAUACAUUGUGAAGAUAUCUAAAUUCAAGAACUGGUUCUGGUCUCUUAAGUUAUCCGGCUAGGCAGAUAUAAAGAGCUAACAUUUGAAGUUUUGAUUUGUGUCUGAGUUGUUCAUCCUCUUUAAUAUCUUCUGACAUUUCAUACCUGAAAAAGCUGCUUUUAGAUUAAUAAUAGUGAUGCCUAUGCAAACAGACUGAAACCAGACUUGAGUUUAUGGGUGAAACAAAACACAUUUUUUUGCUCUCUAGGUUAUUUCAGACCUGCAGACAAAAAUUUUAUUUUUUUCACUGGAUUCAGUUCUUAUCUAAGUAUGUGUGCUGGUAGCAGUAGAACAGGGUGAUUUGAUACCGAUUUCUUUAAGAAAAAAAAAAAAAAAGAAAAUGGGGGGAAAUGCGGGUGAAAUCAUUUUAUACUAAUUUGGUGGAUGAGAUUGGUUGAUGGGAUGAUUAUGUCUCAGAUGUAAUAAAUUCAUGCUGAUGGAGAGAGUUAAUUAGCUAGAUUUAGGAAGAAGUGUGAGUGAAUGAUAGUGUGAGUGGAGAAUUUUUAUUUUUUUUUUUUUGAAAAUUUGUUAUGUGAACAUGUGAGGCAUAUGUGCUUGUACUGUCUUAUUAGCGUGCAUACUUAAACUGAUGCUCCAUGCAUAAUUUACCCUUUUACUAUUUAAAAUAUAUGCUGUUUACAUCGGUACACCCUUACAAGUGUCCUUCAAUCUAAAUACGUGAUGUGUAUGUUUUAGCAAUUAGAGCCAUAAUUAUGUUGUCUAGCAUUCAGGAAGUUUUCAUGAUAGAAACAGGAAGCGAGUAACUUUGUCCACUUUUUAGUCUCUGGUGCUGCUACAUUUAUCUGUUUAGUAACAUUCAUUUAAUGAGCUGAGACUAGAAGAUCUCUUGCAACACAUUAGAGGAAUAUUCUAAAAUGAAAAUUCUCUCAUCAUUUACUCACCCUCAUGCCAUCCCGGAUGUGUAUGACUUUCUUACUUCUGCUGAACACAAAUAAAGAAUUUUAGAAGAAUAUAUCUCAGCUCUGUAGGUGCAUUCAAUGUAAGUCAACACGGUCCAAAACUUUGAAGCUCAGAAUGCACAUAAAGGCAGCAAAAGUAUCCAUAUGACUAUAGAGGUUAAAUCCAUGUCUUCAGAAGGGAUAUUAUAGGUGUGUGUGAGAAACAGAUCAGUAUUAAAGUCCUUUUUUACUAUACAUCUCUACUUUCAACCAGCCCUCCUAGGAGUUCUUCUUUUGUUUUUGGUGAUUGACAUUCUUCAUAUAUAUCACCACCUACUGGGCAGGGAGGAGAAUGUUUAGGAAAAAAGAUUUGAAUAUUGGUCUGUUUCUCACCAGCACCUAUCAUUGCUUCUGAAGACAUCGAUUUCACCACUGGAUUACUUUUAGGCUGCCUUCAUGUGCUUUUUGGAGUUUUAAAGUUUUGAUCAACAUUCACUUGCAUUGUAUGGACCAACAGAACUGAGAUGUUCUUCUAAAAAUCUUUGUUUAUGUAAAACACUCUUUAUCUUGAUACUGAUGAGCACCAGAUCUAUGGGUGAAAUUAUUUGCAUACUGCAAGAAUCAGGUUAUAUUAUGUCUAGACCAUGACAUACCUGUGAAAUACACAUGCACUGUGACAGGCUUUCCAACCAUCUUUUUGUCCUCUGAAAUCUUUGUCUUUGUCUUAGAAAUAAUAACUCCUAGGUUUGUAGCUGGUAACUCAGCUGAAUGGUGUUGGCAAUAUAAAAUGGUGUUUUGUACUCUCCAAAUGUAAAAUAUGCAGACUAUUCUGUGCUAGUUAUUGUCUAUUGAAUAUGGUAGAAAUGGUAAAUUGAACUGACAUCUUUAUUUUAAAUAUAAUAAAUGCUAUCCCAUCACUUU